AUGACAAAAUGCAUUGACAUUUUUCAGGAAAAUAUCCAAAAGUUUGGUGUAUUUAAAAACAAGCAAGUAUUUUCAGCAUAUGAAACAAAGCUUCUAGUUGAGUACAUUGUAUCAGGAUACGUUCAACAUGUGCGAUUGAUUGCAUGCACGUUCACGACUUCACAAAAUGUGAUGAUCCAAAAAGUGCGUAAAGUCAUCGAGUUGGUGCCUGAUCCUUUGCCAUUUCUUCCGUUAUCACAGGGUGUUCCAGCUGAUAAGUGGGAUGAAGUGUGUCGUUUUGAGGAAGAGCAGGCAGUAUUGGCACAAGUAGCAAAAGCUGAAGCAAUUGAAGCAGCACGUCUUCAAGCGAUUGCUGACAUCAAACUCAAAGCAGAUACCGAACGUGUAGCAUAUUUGUUGAAACAACAAUCUGAGGCGGAACAAGCAUUGGCUGCACCGUUUGCGGAGCUAUCCCAUACAACUAUUACCAUACCAAGCGUGGAUACAAUAUUCCGUGAUGUUCCAAUUAUUGUGUUCAAUGCAACUGCACAACAUGCACAACAUGCUCAGCAAGAAUCAGAAAAUGACCAUUUGGCAGACGAUAAAUGGUUAGGAGCUGAUUUGAAAAGCAAAAAUGAGACUACAUUCUCACACCCAACAAUUACCAUGACAGCAUCCAAAUCUAUUGGACUGCUAGGUUCAUCGAAUGCCAAACUUGAACAGAGUAUAGGCCCAGUAGUUGCUCAAACAACGCGAUCAAAAGAUUCAUCACGAUUACUUCAAGCCUAUACGAGUUCAGACACUAAUCAUACUUUAUUGCAUCGUGCAAGCCACUCUACACUUCAUACCGUCACUAUGCAAACUCCAAUGGCCAAGUCAAAUGCAGCCAUUGUGUCUCAGCCCAACAGCGAUAACGCUGCCAUGGUAAUAUCUAGAUCAAAUAUUGUUCAAGCCAUUACGACAAAUAUUACAGAUAUGUUUAAAGAGCUAGAACAAUCAUUGAUGGGCAAGAUGGAUUUGCAAUUGGGGGACAUGGCAUCUCGGAUUGAUCGUGUGCACAGUGCAAUGGUUGCUAGAGAAGAGUAUCGCUUAUCAAAAGAAAAGCACACUGGUGCGACAAAACAAUCCGCAUUUCCUGUAGCCGCUUCCCAUAUAGCUUCAAGUGCACAUUUGGUCGGCAAGGAAGGUGCAGAUAGAGAUGGACGCGAAAGCUCCCGUAAACGACUUGGCCAGUUAUCCUCUGCCAGUAAGAAAUAG